AUGGAUAUUCAGAUUCUUGAUAGAGCAUUGCAAGAGUCCUGCUACGAUAUUGAUGCCACCAUUAAGAGCCUGAGCCAGCUUCACCUAACAGAGAAUAGGGUGACUUCUGGUUCUGCUGAAAAGAUACCACAAGAUCAGAAACCCAUUCCCGACGAUGGUACUACGGAUUGGGUUGAAUUGGUUAUCAGAGAGAUGAUGACUUGUUCUAGUGCGGAGGAUGCUAGGGCAAAGGCUGCAAAAGUGUUGAAGGGUUUUGAGAAAUCGAUCGGUGCAAGAUUUGAGAAGGAGAAUAUGGUGCUCAAGCGUGCUGUCUGUGUGCUUCUCAAACGCCGAAAAGAGUUGGAGGGCGGAAGCCGAGAAGUGAGGCAUCUGAAGGAGUUGGUGGCUCAUCAGCAAGAGCAGUUGAGAGCGCUUGAGACUACAAAUUAUGGCUUGAAUUUGCAUCUGAAGCAAGCUCUGCAAUGCAACUCCAACUUUGUCCCUGCUGGAAGUUUCAAUCCUGAUGUCUUUUAG